AUGAGCAGCAAUGAGAAGCAAAUAGACCCUGACUCAUCCCCUCUGCCUGAGCCACCAAAGAGGAAGAGGGGAAGACCAAAGAAGCAGCCACAGGAGCUUCUGGGACCUUUGCCCCUAAAGAAACCACGAGGAAGGCCAAAAGGAAGCAAAAAACGGAGUGCCAGCGGCGGGCAGACGGUAGAAUCUUCAGCUGAGAAAAGACCAAGAGGGAGACCCCGAAAGUGGCCUCAGCUACUGAUCCAGGAGAAAGAAAUCCAGGAAGGAUAUCUCCAAGAGAGCAGUGACCUGAAUUCUAUGUCACCACCUGCCACAGGAGGCGCUCCUGGAAAAGAUUCUCAUAGGACAGGCAGGACUACAGGCCUCAGGAGAUCUCUGAGCACCGCCCCCGCUGCACCACAGUAG